AUGGUUCGCCAUAAGAAAGAUAACUCUUCCAAAGCGAAGAAAUACUCUACGAAACCUCGACCUCCGCCGCGAGCCUCAGGACGAGGCGCCGACGAAGGUGGCGGUGGUGAACGUCCCCCUUUCAAGGCAGCGUGCUGGGAUUUUGGACACUGUGACGCGAAGCGAUGCAGCGGGAAACGUCUAAUGCACUUUGGGAUGAUGCGCGAGUUACCCAUCGGCCAGAAGUAUCCCGGAGUCGUUAUCUCACCCAACGCUAAACGCGUACUAUCCCCAGCAGACAAGGAGCUACUAGAACAAUACGGGGCAGCAGUGGUCGAAUGUUCGUGGGUCCGAGUAGAGGAAAUUCCCUGGUCACGGAUCGGUGGGAAAUGUGAACGCCUCCUCCCCUAUCUCGUUGCCGCAAAUCCUGUCAAUUAUGGGCGGCCGUGGCGUCUUAAUUGUGUCGAGGCCCUUGCGGCGUGCUUUUGCAUAUGUGGACACCAGGAUUGGGCUGAAAUCGCUCUGCAGCAUUUUCCCUACGGAAAGCCGUUCUUGGAGAUCAACUCCCAGCUGUUCAAGCGCUACGCAGCUUGUCAAAGCGAGGAUGAGAUCAAAAAGGCCGAAGAGACUUGGUUAGCGAAGCUAGAGAAGGAAUACACCAACAGCAGACUCAAGGGACCGUCAGACGAAGGCGAUGAUUGGGCCGGAGGCAACCUCAACAGACGGGAAGUGUUUGACUCGGAUGAAGAGGGUGAUGACGACAACAACGAAGAGUCCGAAGAAUCCGAAAAUGACAAUAUCACACAUCAGCAAGGUGUGUCGUUGAUGCCUCCUGAUACAGACGAUGAGGACGAAGAGGCGGAGAUGGCUGAGAUCCGGCGAAAGAUACUUGCAUCGAAGCCUUUUAGUGACUCUAUAUCAACCGAGGCGCGGAUGGGUGACCCGCAACAGCCGCACCUUGAGAAGCAGAGCACUGACAGCGGUUUGGGUUCGGCGAUCCCAGAGUCAGCGGCAAUACUUGUCGACUCUGACGCUGAGUCAGGCUCGGGUGAAGAAGACUACGACGACUUUGAUCAGAUCGCCAAUGCCACGCCUGUCACUGAUCGGAUAGGUAUCGUGGCACGGGAGAGACAGAAGAAGCUGGAGCAAGCCAGUGCGUCCUUUUCGCGGACCAUAAUCUCUGCACCAAAGAAGUGGUAG